AUGAAUGAACUCACAAGCAGACCGUCUGACCUCCUCACUCCAGCAAACACAGCGCCGAACCCACCCGCUCCAAUCUUCUUCUUCUUUAGGACCGGGGCCUUUGAGAGUCAACACGGGGUGAUCGCUGGGGUCGAAGUCUUCCUGCUGGACUCUCUCCGCUCUUGUCCUACUCCUCGUGCUGGGGCCUCCAGCUGCUCCACUCGGCCUCUGGGGGUCGAUGGGGUGGUGGAAUGGUGGCUGCUGUUGUGCUGGUCCAGACAAUGGCAACCUGUGGAUGCCUGGCUCACUCCGGGGGCUGGAGCAGCUAACGUGGUGGCCUGUGUUCUGGGCCCUGCUCAACGGACCAGGAUUCGUAAUCCCACCUCGCGCUACAUCACAAAGCUCCUUUCUUUUUUUCCAUCUUUGUUGUUGUUUUUGUGUGGUGUUGUUGUUUUUUGUGUUUGGUGUGGUGGGUGUGUUGUGGUGUGGGGUUUGGUUUAUGUUGGGGGGGGUUGGUGGGUUGGUUGGGUGUGUGUUUGGUUGUGUUGUGUUUGUGGUUUGGGGGGUGGUGGGUUUGAUGUAGGUGUUGGUUUUUUUGGGUGUUGGGUGGUUGGGUGGGUUGGGGGUUUUGGUUUUGGGUGUUGGUUGGGUUGGGGGGUGUGUUGGGGGGUUUGGGGUUGGUGGUUGGUGGUUUUUUGUGUUUUUGUUUUUUUGUUUGUGUUUUGCUGUGUUGGGGUGGGGUUGUUGGUUGGUGGUUGGGUUUGGGGGGGUUUUUGGUUGGUUGGGUUGGGGUGGUGGGGUUUGGUUGGGUUUGGGGGGUUGUGGGUUGGGGGGGUGGUGGUUGGGGGUUGUGGGGUUGGGGGGGGGGUUGAGUUUGGGGGUUGGUGGGGGGGUUUGGUUGGUUGGGGGGUGGUUGUGUGGUUGGGGGGGGGGUUGUUGUGGGUUGGGGGGGUUGUGUGGUGGUGUGGUGGGGGUGGGGGGUGUUUGUGUGUGUGUGGGGUUGGGUGGUUGUGUGUGGUGGUGUGGGGUGUGUUGUGGUGUGUGUGGUUGUGUGUGGUUGUGGGUGGGUUUGUGUGUGUGUGUGGGGGGUGUUUUUGGUGUGUUUUGGGUGGGUGUUUUGUUGUGGUGUGUGUGUUGGUUUGUGUGGUUUUUGGUGUGUGUGUUGGUGUUUUGGUGUGGUUGGUGUUUUUGGGGGUUGUGUUGUUGUGUGAUUGUGUGUGUGGUGUGUUUGUGUGUGUUUGUGAGUGUUUUAUGGUGUUGUGUGUGUUUUGGGGGGGUGUGGUGUGGUUGGUGUGUGUGUGUGGAGGGUUUGUGGUUUGUUGUGGUGGUGUUGUGGGUUGUGUGGGUCAUACGUAG